GACCUCGGAGGGAUCGGGGUUGAUGGGACAGGGGCAGAGCGAACUAGGCUGCUGACCAAUCAGCGUUGGGAGGGAAGAACGGAGCGCGGAGGUUCUGCGGUCACAUGCCGUGGGGUCCGGUGGGCGGAGCAGUUGCUCAGCAGCCUCCCGCCGCUUCCUGUUUCCGGUUUCUGGAGCGGGGCGCAGCGCAGCACGGAGGGGAGCGCUGGCCGCAGACAGGAACCAAGGGACUGGGGUCUGCGCCCCCCGAGCCCCGCUCUCCGGCUGCGUUUCCCAACCCCAGAGGCACAUUCCUGGGGCCUUCUGAGCUUCGGCUGCUGCGUUCUCCCCAGACACUGUGAUUCAUCUUGUUUUCUCUCUCUUGAUCCUGCCUUCACCUCCAACACACUCUGAAAAAGGAUGUUCCCCUUCUCCGGCUGCUGGAGGACUGAACUGUUGUUGCUACUCCUAGCUCUGGCUGUGAGAGAAUCCUGGCAAACAGAAGAAAAAUCUUGUGACCUGGUAGGAGAAAAGGAUAAGGAGUCAGAGAAAGAGGUGGCUCUCCUGGAGAGGUUACGGCCGCUGUUUAACAAAAGUUUUGAGAGUACUGUGGGCCAGGGCUCAGACACAUACAGCUAUAAAUUCCGAGUAUGCCGGGAAGCUGGCAACCACUCCUCUGGAGCAGGCCUGGUGCAGAUCAGCAAAAACAAUGGGAAGGAGACAGUGGUUGGGCGAAUCAACGAGACUCACGUCUUCAAUGGAAGUAAUUGGAUCAUGCUGAUAUAUAAAGGGGGUGACGAAUACGACAACCACUGUGGCAAAGAGCAGCGGCGUGCAGUGGUGAUGAUCUCCUGCAAUCGGCACACUCUAGCGGACAAUUUUAACCCAGUGUCUGAAGAACGAGGCAAAGUUCAAGAUUGUUUCUACCUCUUUGAAAUGGAUAGCAGCCUAGCCUGUUCACCAGAGGCCUCACACCUCAGUGUGGGCUCUAUCUUACUUGUCAUAUUUGCAUCACUGGUUGCUGUCUACAUCAUUGGGGGUUUCUUAUACCAGCGACUGGUAGUGGGAGCCAAGGGAAUGGAGCAGUUUCCUCAUUUGGCUUUCUGGCAAGAUCUUGGCAACCUGGUAGCUGAUGGCUGUGACUUUGUGUGCCGCUCAAAACCCCGUAACGUGCCUGCUGCAUAUCGUGGAGUUGGGGAUGACCAGCUGGGGGAAGAGUCAGAAGAAAGGGAUGAUCAUUUGCUACCAAUGUGAUGCACUUUUAAGGUCCAACCGCCUCUUGGGUCCCCAAACCAAAGCAUUCUCAACCAGACUUCUCAAGCGCCGCUUCUCAUCUCUCGCUUUGCCAUUAAUUCUUGCUUUCCAACUGCUUUUGAUUUGUCCCUAAAUUGCGUCCCUCUGCUCCUAUUAAUUUUCCUCUGCACAGGUGUGGAAGGUAGACAUAGGGCCUGGGGGGCCUACUUUUGCACCCCAGGAAGAGCAAGGACAGUUAAAUAGGCAGAAAGGCACAGGCCCUAGCUGUCUAAACAUUUUCACAAGUUGAGACACUGGAUUUCUUUAAUUAAAAAAGCAAAGAUUACUUGUACCUUUGCUUGCUUCACGUUGUUUCUGCCCUACAGCAGUCUCAUGAGAAUGAUUGUGUAGAGCUGCUUUGCAGUGCUUGCCUGACUGUAACCCAAUAACUCCUGUUUGCGUUGAGCCUGGAGUCAGUCACCUGAUUGUCCCUUGUGUGGGAUUAGAACAGGAAAAAAUGUGAAACUUCCCAACUGUAGGACUCUAAGGUGCCAUCACAUUGUUUAUAUGUCUUUGGGCGACUUAACAGCUUGAAUUGGGCCCUGGACUGAGGUGGUAAGUCUGUGUUAGGCCCAAUCUGUAUGUAUAUCAGGCCCAAACGCCUAAUCAAGCAGCCCUAAAGGAAACAAGACCAUGCUCUGGAGGUCCUCGAACCUGUGUCAGCUUGUGUUGGGAUCUCCUUGGUUUUCCUGUUUGUAGUAAAAGCUGGCAAACCUGUUUUUGCUCACUUCCUCUACUAGUACUAAACUUGUUUUGCACUUUUCUCACAGGUCUGUAGUUUGGCUUUUUGUAUUUUUCCCAAUCUUAAAGAAAGGGAACAGGAGCAGAAGUGGACGAGGAGGGCUCUGCAGUUCCCUACUGUGGGUGGGGAACACUGCUGUGCCUGUCCCUCCUGCUGGCUCAGGGAAGUGUCUUACUUUCUCACCUAGGGGAAAAGGUUUUAAUCCUCUCCUCCUUUCUGUUUAGACCAUGUGCCCAGACUCACAAGCUGAUCUCUCUGUAAUAGUGAAUUCCUAGGCCAUUAAGUAAGAACACAGCUAAUCUGAACACAGGAGAUGUGGUAAAGGCAGGACCAUUUGUUACCUUUAGAGAAGAAAGUGAAAUGGUGUCAUUCUAACUUCUCAAUACUUUUGCAAUGAUAGUGGGGUUUUUGUUUUCUUUCUAUACAGAAAAAUAAUGUUAUUUUUAAAAACCGUAUCUCAUGUGUUGUUUGCAUCCUUCCCCCAUGUUUUAAAUGAAAAUAAUAUACCACUUUUUGUACAAAAACACAAUAAUUAAAAAACAUACAAAACA